AACAAUGUAUUCCAACAUGGUGGCAAUGUGGUACACAGUUUGAAAAUGCAGGCCGUGUCAUGCUUUGAAAAAAAUCAUUUUAAGCGUGAAUUUGUUGGAAAAUGUCGGACCCUAAACGUGCUACUAUUAUAACAGUGGGUGCUCCAAAAAGUGUAAAGAAUAAUGUGAAUAAAACAGUGAGAUUAGCUAUAAAUCUGGACGAAAGCAACGAAAGUAAAUAUCCUGAGCUGAAUUACAAGGAACUAGUCAUAGCAACAGCAAAAAAGAAAAGAAUAGAAAAUGGAAAAACUGCUGGGCUGGACCCAUUCUCAGAUAAUGAUGACGAUGUGGAAAGAGUGGCGAGGAAAUUUGAACAGAAAUAUGGUGGAAAAAGCACAUAUGGAAGAAAGGGCAGAUCAAAAUAUGAAGAGUUUGCCGACAUUGGCGCAGGUUAUGAUGAGAAUGAUUCCUUCAUUGAUAACACACAUGGAUAUGACGAGAUGAUUCCACCAGAAUGCGACACACUGUAUGGAGGAUUUUACAUAAACAGUGGGUCGUUGGAGUUCAAAACUGUCCCAGAGAAUCAAACCCCAAACUCUGAUGGUGAUGUCAGACGGAAUAAGAGGCGACUAUCUUCAAGCAGUAGUGAGGAGGAAUCGUCAGAUAGUUCAACAAACUCGGAUAGUCAAGAUGUGAAAGAAAAUAAGACGGUUCCAAAUGGAAACACAGACUCACACAAGACCGAACACCGGAAGAAAAAAGUAAAAAAGAAUGAAAAGAAGAAAUCAAGUGCCAGUCCGUCAGACACAACAGCACCCACUUCGGGGAAACAGACUUCAGAUGAGGCAUGUCCCGAAGGUUCAAGUACAUCACAAUCUGACUCGUUGACUUCGAAGCCAGCACCGAGUUCUGAAAAUCUCAUCACUUCGGAUAGCUCCAGAGAAACAGAAGCGAAAUUCGAAGUGAAAUUGCCACAAAUUGUGAGUGAUGCGUUGGAGAAGGUUCAGUUGGUGAGUCGAGAGAAAGAUAAUCCCGGGAAGGAUCUGAAGAGCAAGACUGAUCAGUGUAUAUUGAAACUGGAGCAGAGCCUGAACAAGAGCGGAGCCUCCAGCCGCGUUCGCCGCGAGGCGUGGAGCGCGGCUGGAGGGCUGCUCGGCUGCUCACGGGCAGCUCUCUUGCAGCGGACGAGGAAGCUUUCCGCCCACGCUUCCAACCAGAGCCAAUCCAGUCCAGCCCAGCCGAUUACAACUCCAGCCCCGACCCCAGCUCCAACUCCAGCUCCGACUCAAGCCCCAGCUCCAGCCCCAGUGACCGUCUCCAGAGUCAGCGUUCCCGUGAAGAGAAAAGCGGAAGACAGGACCCUUACGGAGGACUUCAGCCGACUCUCGCCUGAUGAGAAGGAGGCCGAAAUUGUGGAGACCUUGCGCAGAUUAAAAGCGCUCAUAGAUGAAAGGAAACCGGACAUGAUAGCCACGUAUAACGCGGAAUGUGAACGCGUACAGGAAGAAAGAAAAAAGCUCCAAAUAGCGUCGGUCGACGGCAUGCCCCACGUGGACAAGCGUCUGCCCAAGCGCCGCUUCCCCUGGUGCCCCUUGAGCAGGGCUCUGCUGGCGAAGCUGGGCCAACUCGCGGGCAGCCCGGCGGACGCGGCCUCGCUCCUGGCCAAACGAGCUCUGCCCCUCUUCCCGGCGGGAUUCGUCAGGAUGCCCACUUUGUUACGGCAGGCCGACCUCAACAAAGACAUCAAAGCGACAGACCUAAAACGUCAGGCCUUCGGUUCAACGUCUCAACCCCAACCCGUGCAAAUGCUCAGUGAACCCAUUCAGUUCCCCAGCUCUCUCACCGUCACCACCACCACCACCACCAUCAAACCGAUAGAGAAACCGGAGAAAGACAGGAAGGCAGUUCAAGCCAAUGACAAAAAGGAAGUCUCCGUGAAGAAGAAAGAGGGCCUCAUCCGUGUGAAGUCUCCCGCCGCCCUCAACGACAUGGUGAAGAAAGACGAGGUCACCCAGAAGCAAAUAGAGAGCAUGAAGACGUUGGAGAAAUUCAUCCCGCAUCCGAUUCUGAUACCCGUGAACUUUGCGAAGCCGGACAAGAGACCGCCGGAGAAGAAGAAGAAAGAGGUGCUGAUCGUCUCCGACGUGGAUCCCCUGGCCGAGGCCCGGGACGACAGCAGUAGUGAUAUAGAAGUGAUCGAGGACAAAGUGACGGAAGAGAAGUGUAGUGUAAGUGAAAGUGACAAAGUGCCUUCGGAUAAAGUGAAAGGUGUGGAGUUUACCAAGCAAGAGUUCGAGCUGCUCAUGAAGGAUUUGCAGGAGAUGGAGAAUUCACAAGAACAGAAAACGGUAAACUUCAAUUCCUUUGGUGGUGUGAUAACAAAUGCCAAGAACGAGUCUUCCAAGCAAUUCAACGGGACUGUGUUCGAUUCGGAAAAUAAAAAUAAAUUCGCAGAACGAACUUCUUUCAAAGAAAUAGAUGGAUGUAACACUGUUAAUGGUUGACUACGUGAGGAUAUAACAUAUAGUCUUAAUUAUGUAUAAUUCGUGAACUGCUCGCGUAAGAUUUCAGGAACACAUACACUUUUUUUCAAUGACAAUGAAAUAUAUAACUUGUGUCAAACCAAGGAUUAUUUGCCCAAAUUUUCAAUGGUUUUCAGAAGAAUAACACGACGUUACAAGUGCUUUUCCCAAACCCCUGUCGAUUUCUAUUUAGUGUCUGUUUGAUUCCACUAAUAAUCUUUGUAAAAAAAAUGUUGAAUUGCUCUGCUCAGAUGUUGCUGUCUCUAAAGACCUUUAAGAAUAAAGUCUUACUAGUCUUUUCAUUUUAAAUAUAUUUUAUGUAAUUGAAUGUAAGAUUUGGCGAAAAUAUAUAAUUAAGUUCCUAUAUCGAAGAAAUUAUGAAGAUGAUUUCAUUUUAGUGCUUUUUUUUAAAUAUUUUAUCUCCUUGGUCAAAAAUACAUGGGUCAAAUAUUGUAGACACCUUUCUGGAUGCUGUAUAGACACUGAAGUAUUAAAGAUCCAUCAGUACAUUGGUUUCCGGCUUGAAGGACCAAAAAACCGAAAUUGAUAUUCUAUUGAAACAAGUUGCUUUUAUUUUAAGAUUGUUAAUAAAAUUAUUUUCGCCACUAAUUUGAAGUAUUAUAACUUUUUUAUCAGAUUUAUCUAUGCACGUUGGAAAACUUAAAUCAAUGACAAAACUAAAUAAUAUAAAAUCUGGUUUUAGCUUGAUCUGUAU